AUGGCCGGGCUGCUCCGCAGGAUUAUCAAGGAAACUCAGCUUUUGCUGGCAGAACCAGUUCCUGGCAUCAGAGCAGAACCAAAUGAAAGCAAUGCCUGUUAUUUUCAUGUGGCCAUUGCUGGCCCCCAGGUUUCCCUCUUUAAGGGAGGGACUUUUAAACUUGAACUGUUCCUUCCAGAAAAAUACCCAAUGGCAGCCCGUAAAGUACGUUUCAUGACCAAAAUUUAUCAUUCUAAUGUAGACAAGUUGGGAAGCAUAUGUUUAGAUAUUUUGAAAGGUAAGUGGUUUCCAGCACUGCAGAUCCACACAGUCCUGCUAUCGAUCCAGGCUUUGUUAAAUGCUCCCAACCCAGAUGACCCAUUAGCAAAUGACAUAGCGGAGCAGUGGGAGACCAACGAAGCCCCAGACAUGGAAACUGCUAGUGUAUGGACUAGUCUAUAUGCCAUGAAUAAUAUUUAA